GAACCAUAUUACCGUUUUUGACAACGGCCUCAGUCGUAAAGCGACACAUAUAGCACUAUACUGAGAAGUGAAUGACCAGUUGUUUGCAAUAUAAUGUAUAUCAAGUUCUAGUUGUCAUAUCGACAUCACUAAUUACUUGGAUAAACACGACGAGACGCUGACAUACCAGAUGAUAUGGGCAGUCGUGACGUUUGCAAUGAUGUGGGGUAGCAAUAUUAGCCUGGGAAAUACGCCUUCCCGGCUCUCACCCGUAUAAGUAUAUCCCAAGGUGGUGUUCCAGCUGCGUUCCUAGGCGUCAUCGACAAAGAUAACAGCUACCCAAGCACAUCGCAUCAAUCACGUAUCUCCGUUUACCUGUAUCACAUCGUACACGGCGAGCAAUUUCAACCGACGAUGGCCAGCCAGGACGACUACAGCGACAUCCAACAGGAAGUUCCUCUCUCGGAGGAGUAUGAGAAGGAUCCGGAUAGUAUCGCUCGAGGCCAUAAAGCCACUAUCGCCAAUCCUAAUACAUCGGAGCAGGCGAAGGAGCAUUCGCGCAAGGUCUUGGAGAACGAGUUCCAGGAACCCUACGACAAACCCAACCGGAGCCAGGAUGACAGGCCAGAGCCGCACCAGAAGGACCCGGGCAAUGUAGCACGCGGGCUGAAGGCGAGCAUCAGCAACCCCGGGGUAUCAGAGGAAGCAAAGGAGCACGCGAGGGACAAAUUGAACAAGCUGCAGUAAUGGAAAACUGUAGACACAGAUAUGUUUGUGACAUGAGCUGCAGUAGUGGGAAAUUGUAAUGGUAGUAGUAUGAUAUAUUUCAUACGAACGAGAAAUUGGAAUUCUUGUUGUAU